AUGAGUUACACACAACCCAGAAAAUUCAGCACAACACCGUCUCGAGCCUUGAAGCAAUUCUUCCCAGAACCAGAUGCUCCCAGCAUCAGAACCACGGAAGCAGCAUGGCCACACCCUAUCUACACCAAAGAGCAGAUGGAAUCUGUUGUAAUCGCCCACCGAGAAGCCAAAACAUGGUCAGACUGGACAGCACUGGCUGCAAUCCGUACGCUGCGAUGGGGACUUGAUCUUGCUACUGGCUACAAGCACGACAAAGCAGUUGCCAGUGGAGAGAAGAGUGCCAAAAACGCCAACCAGAAGCACGUCAUGACGGCGAGGAAAUACAUGAUCAGAAAUGUUUUCCUUGAGUCGGUAGCUGGAGUGCCAGGAAUGGUGGCUGGUAUGCUACGACACCUGCACUCAAUGCGCCGGAUGAAGAGAGACAAUGGAUGGAUUGAGACUCUGCUUGAAGAGUCGUACAACGAGAGGAUGCAUCUCCUCACCUUCCUCAAGAUGGCAGAGCCCGGACCGUUCAUGAAGUUCAUGGUUCUCGCAGCUCAAGGAGUGUUUUUCAAUGCCAUGUUUGUGGCUUACCUGGUGUCACCUCGCACGGCACACCGCUUCGUCGGAUAUCUCGAAGAAGAAGCAGUGCUCACAUACACACGCGAGAUUGCAGACCUAGAUGCUGGACGGCUUCCAGAGUGGGAGAAUCUGGUGGCACCAGACAUCGCCAUCAAGUACUGGCACAUGCCCGAGGGUCAUCGCACAAUGCGCGAUCUGUUGAUGUACAUUCGCGCAGACGAGUCGAAGCAUCGCGAGGUCAACCACACUCUGGGCAACCUCAAUCAGAAGGAAGACCCCAAUCCUUACGUAUCGGAGUACAAGGACAAGUCAAUUCCUCAUCCAGGAAAGGGGCUUGAAUAUCCCAAGCCAACAGGAUGGGAAAGAUCAGAGGUCAUUUGA